GAUUGGCCUCUCUCUUUGGACUGGAUCAGACAGCUGCUGGCCAUGGAAAUGAGUUCUUCCAGUAUACCGCCCCAAAGCAGCCUAAGAAAGGCCAGACAACAGCUGCAACAGGAAACCAGGCAGCACAGAAAACGGCACCAGCUACAACAGGCACCUCCACAGUACUGGUUGCAACAGCAGUCCAUGCGUAUAGAUACAUAAAUGGCCAAUAUGUGAAGCAGGGCAAAUUUGGUGCUGCAGUCCUGGGGAAUCACACAGCCAGAGAGUAUAGGAUUCUUCUUUAUAUUAGUCAGCAGCAGCCGGUUACAGUAGCCCGGAUUCACCUGCACUUUGAGCUGUUGGUUCAGCCCAAUAACUAUAGCACCUUUUAUGAUGACCAGAGGCAAAACUGGUCCAUCAUGUUUGAGUCAGAAAAGGCUGCUGUGGAGUUCAGCAAACAGGUGUGCAUUGCCAAGUGCAACAGUGCCCCUGCCCUGGAUGUGGUGCUCGCACAGGACCUCACUGUAGCGGAGGGCUCUGCUGUAGAAGUUGGAGAUUCUCUGGAAGUGGCAUAUACCGGCUGGCUCUUCCAGAAUCAUGGGCUGGGCCAGGUUUUUGACUCCACUGCUAACAAAGACAAACUGCUUCGUCUGAAAUUAGGAUCCGGAAAAGUCAUCAAGGGCUGGGAGGAUGGAAUGCUGGGUAUGAAAAAAGGAGGGAAGCGGUUGCUUAUUAUCCCCCCGUCCUGCGCUGCUGGCUCUGAAGGAGUCAUAGGGUGGACUCCAGCAUCGGACUCCAUCCUGGUGUUCGAGGUGGAGGUUAGACGGGCUUUCUGUGCAGAGUCUAGAAGAGGUUAUGGUUUUGGUUGCAAAAGGGAGAAGAAUCAUCCACUGCUACAGCAGCCAAAGACCAUUUGCCUCAAGGCAGAGGUGAAGUUAGCCCGAGACUCUGGCUCUGAUGGACACAAUGUUAGUUCCCGGGGGGAUUCCACGGCCCCUUCUCCCACACCUGGUGCUGACAACCUCUCUGCUGAUCCUGCUCCAUCACCAUCCACAGCAGUGCCUUUCAAAUCAGGGGAGCCAGCUCUUCGUUCCAAAACUAAUUCCCUCAAUGAACAACUUACAGUCAGUCCAAAUCCUGAUACAGUCAAGGCCAAGCUGAUCUCUCGGAUGGCCAAGAUGGGUCAGCCCAUGCUGCCCAUCCUUCCCCCUCAGCUGGAUUCCAAUGAUUCAGUAACUGAGGCUGUGAAUGCCCUGCAAGGGUUGGGGCAGCCUGUGGUGGCUCCGUCCAUUCCGUCCUCUCCUCCGGCAGCCCAUCCAGUAUUACCACAGAUGACUUCACAAAUGCCUCAGCCAUCUGUUUCUGGGCUCCAAGCACCUUCUGCUGCCUUAAUGCAAGUUGCCCCUCUGGAUUCCCACUCAGCUGGAAAUGCCCAGUCCUUUCAGCCCUAUGCAGGUAUGCAAGCCUAUGCUUAUCCCCAGCCAGCAACUGUUACUUCCCAGCUGCAGCCAGCUCGGCCCUUGUAUCCAGCACCACUCUCUCAGUCUCCUCAUUUUCAAGGAUCAGGUGACAUGGCUUCAUUUCUCAUGACUGAAGCCCGGCAACAUAACACUGAAAUCCGAAUGGCAGUAAGCAAAGUGGCUGAUAAAAUGGAUCAUCUCAUGACCAAGGUUGAAGAGUUACAGAGGCACAGUGCUGGCAAUUCUCUGCUCAUUCCUAGCAUGUCAGUUACAAUGGAAACAAGCAUGAUUAUGAACAACAUCCAGCGAAUUAUUCAGGAAAAUGAACGAUUGAAGCAAGAGGUCCUUGAAAAGAGCGGUCGGAUAGAAGAGCAGAACAACAAGAUCAGUGAGCUCAUUGAGCGCAAUCAAAGAUCUGUUGAGCAGAGCAACCUGAUGAUGGAGAAGAGGAACAGCUCACUGCAGACAGCCACAGAAAACACACAGGCAAGAGUUUUGCAUGCAGAGCAAGAGAAGGCCAAGGUGACAGAGGAGCUAGCAGCAGCCACAGCACAGGUCUCUCAUCUGCAGCUGAAAAUGACAGUUCACCAAAAGAAAGAAACCGAGCUGCAGCUGCAGCUGACUGACAGCCUGAAAGAGGCAGAUCUCUUCAGGGGCCAACUCUCCAAACUGCAAGCCAAGCUCUCAGAGGUCCAAGAAACUUCUGAGCAAGCACAGGCCAAAUUCAGAAGUGAAAAGCAGAGCCGUAAACAACUAGAGCUCAAGGUGACUUCUCUGGAGGAGGAGCUGGCUGACCUUAGAGCUGAGAAAGAGUCUCUGGAAAAAAACCUCUCGGAAAGGAAAAAGAAGUCGGCUCAAGAGCGCUGUCUGGUGGAGGAGGAGAUCGAUGAACUUCGCAAGUCACACCAAGAGGAACUGGACAGACUUCGACAGCUCCUGAAAAAGGCUCGGGUGUCCACAGACCAAGCAACUGCAGAGCAGCUGUCUCUCGUGCAGACUGAGCUACAGACCCAGUGGGAAGCCAAAUGCGAACAUUUGCUGGCCUCUGCCAAGGAUGAGCACCUGCAACAGUUUCAGGAGGUGUGCGCACAGAGGGAUGCCAACCAACAGACACUGACACAACUUCAGGGCAAGUGCUUAGCUCUCCAGGCCCAGGUCACAGCUCUGACAGAGCAAAAUGAAGAGUACGUCAAGGAGCUGGAGAAGAGCAAGUCCCAAAUGUCUGGGGAUGAAGCUGCUGCCUCAGACCCCUCAGAGAAGGUCAAGCAGAUCAUGAACCAGGUGUUCCAGUCCUUGCGGGGCGAGUUUGACCUGGAGGAAUCUUACAAUGGCAGGACUGUGCUGGGGACCCUCAUGAAUACGAUUAAGAUGGUGACACUUCAGCUGUUAAACCAUCAGGAGCAGGAGAAGGGGGAGAGCCGCAGUGGAGGAGGAGGAGGAGGAGCAGAGAGACCUCAGAGGCCUUCCCAGGAGCAGUCCGUUUCCGCCAGUUCUGAGCUGCCUAAAGACUCCCUGCCCAGGGAGAGGCAGGAGCCCCCCACCGUGCCAUCCCCUCCUCAGGCUCCCUCAACUCCCCCAGAGGAUGUCCAGACAAGGAAAGGGGAGACCUCCAGAUCAGAGGCACUCUCGGGGCUAGAGGAUGACUCCCUCCUUCCUGAAGUGACUGACAUUCCAUCCCACAGAGUCCUGAGGCCCCCACCUUCAGUCCCACCCAGACCUCCAGGCUCUGUAGACAUGGACCCUGAAUGCCAGGAGACACUUGCUCCUGGCCCAGUGACCACUAAAUCAGAUGACCCAUUGAGAAAGGCUUCGGUCGGGGAAGUGAUUUCAGAUGGCCCAUUGCAGGAACGCUCCACAAAAUCAGCCUUGGCUUUAGAGCCCAGGGAAGCGGAUCCACGGACCUUAGGGUCUGAAAGCCCAGGAGAGCCUCAGCCUUCCGAGCUCAGUAACAAGGAGGAUCUCGCUAGCUCCACUGGCCCCUGCAAGAAACUACUGGACUCAGAGGCCAGCCCUCCAGCUCAGGCAGCCCGCAGAUCCAGUCAUGGCUCUCAGCAUUCCAGUCUCUCUGGGGAUGAGAAAGAUGACCUGUUUCAAGGAGCAACUCUGGAAGUCCCAAGCCUCAAAGAAGAUCCUGAGGACGAGGAUGAAGAUGAGGUGAGCAUGAAGGGACGCCCGCCCCCAACACCCCUUUUUGGAGAUGAUGAUGAUGACGAUGACAUUGACUGGUUGGGAUGAAGACCCAGGAAACUGAUGCCAAGGUCUCUUGCCCGGCCCUUCUCUAAGCAUGGUUUUGCACAGCAGCUCUGGGUCUAGGCAAGCCCUGGGGGAGGUAAAGGUGAGAAUUCUGAUGACAUAGUUCCAGUGCCUGGAUCAGCCCACUUCUGUGCUUCCACCUGCCCUGAAGAGGGAUGUGACCCUGCCUCAGUGGACACCGGUGUCUUCUGCCUCCUUUGGAGGGAGAGCUGCUAGGGCUCCUGUUAGCGGCUCACCUCCGGGACCUGAGUCCUCUCGGGGCUUUCUGCAGUCCUCACAGACUCUCAGACUCUCCCGGGAGCACUUCCUCCAGCUGCACCUCACUGUAAGUCCAACUUCGACUGAGCAACAAGACCUGCCAGCUGGGCUGAGGCCUCCUGGGUAAAGCUUAGGGUGAACAACAUGAUCUAAAUUCUAUUCAGUUAAUAGCCUUCCCUGCAAUCCUGGGACAUCCGCCUUAAACUUGACGAAACAUGUCAGUGGCAUUUGAAAUUAACAAAAUUAAAAUAAAUGUCUACAAUGAAACUUGGCUCAAGCCCUUGGGGAGAAGUCAAGGUGGGGUCUAAGGGCUGUGCUUCUCCGGGAAUCUGAGGGCAGGAUUACAACAGAGCUGGGUCAGUUAGUGAGCAUGGGAGCCUGUGGCUUAUUCCCUUUGGCACCUAACCUUGGGACUGUCUUUCAAAGUCACUCUUCUGCUGGCCCAGUUUCUAAGGUCAGGGCAUUGUGUCAGCUCGUCCACAGAUGGCCGGACCCCCAGGAAACCACGCAGGAGCGGCAGCAGUUGUCUGUUGUCCAUUAUGGCACCGAACAGUUCUUCUCUGAGAGUAACUUCCACUGCCUCUGAACUCAAGGGCCACAACUAAUGCAGAGAAAGGACCAGAGGGAAUGUGGUGGUCACCUUUCUUAUCUCAAGAUCUUUCAACAGCUCUGCAAAAAGAAAAUAAGUCAUUUUUUAAAUUCCCUGGUUUUCCCAAUUUCAAGAUAGGAACUUGACUUUUGCUCCGCAUGGCUUCCGGGGUUUGGAAGGCAAUCACAGUGAUCAUAUAUUAAACUUCCAUCUCAGGCACUGUCCCCCCUCUGAAAGACACUGCUGCCCUGAGGAGAAGACUCAGGCUUGCCCACGAUGACAUGUCUAGUAAUGCAGCAAAACAGGAAUUCCAGUCAUGGCCAGUGGACACAGGAACCUGGGCUCGUGGCCACCAACAGCAACAUUUCUCUUGCCUGAUCAGCAAGGACUCCCUGGGAGGGAGAAGGGGGUAUGUUUUAUAGAAAUGCAUUUCUUGGUCCUAUCUCAGGUGCCCUGAGACAGAAUUUCCACUCUUAGGGUAAAAUACUAAACAUUUUGGCUUCGUGACCUUGUUUCACCAGGCCCUAGGCCAGCUUGCUUACUCUCCCAGCUUCGGGUCCUGCAUCUGAGUUGACCAUCAUAGGCUGCCAGGCUCCAAAUGCUGGCUCUGCCACUUCCCGGCUGGGUGACAGGCUUCUCGAUGCCUCAGCGUCCUCGUACUUUCUACCAUGAGGAGGAUUAAAUAAGGUAAUGCCUGUGAAGUUCUUAGUAUACUGCCAGGCAGGUUGAAAAGAAAAUUUAAGUAGGGAAAGUACCACCUUUUGUGAGUUGGCAGGCUCUGAAGAGUGUUGAAAUGAGAGCACUGUAUUGCCUCCUGCAUCCAACACACACACAGGAGCGGAGGUAACAAAGCCCUCUGUGCCCAGGAGCCUCAGAUGAAUUGCCCCAAAGGAGUGACUGCCCCCCCCCAUACUUUAGGGAGGGAACCUAGCUGGUCAGAACUUAGACAUGGACACAUGAGUCAUUGGGCAUCAGUCAGGAUGGGGGGCAGCUUUCCAGUUCCCUCGGAAGUCUGCCCACGUGGGGAGAGCAUGGAUGUGUCACAGACUCUACUUUCAGUGGUAGUUCUUACCAUAAUUUAAAGUUUUUUUAAAUUUCUAUUUUCAUCUACCCUCCCAGAGAAGGGGCUAAUGCUGCUGCCCAGCUACUGUUGACAGUCCAUGUGACCGUGCACCUGUUUCCCGGCAGGCAGGGACUAGUGUUUGUUACAGGAACAAAGGAUGGCAGGUGACUGAGCUGGUGUCCCAGGUGCCUGCGCACCAUGUCUGAGGGCUGGCUGUCCCUGCAGAGCUACCAUCUGUCUUUCAUAGCAGACUGCCCUCUGACAGCCCCACAAACAGUCCUGUCACCUCCUCUGACCCCCCUCAGCCUCUGCAGUUAAGGUUUCAUGCAUUUGCUGUCGGGAGAAGAAAAAGAACAGUCACAGAUUGUUUAGAAGUAACAUCUUUAUUAAAGUGUAUCUAUUUUUUUAGGUGUAUCUUAAUACCCUAAAUUUAUUAACCAUCUUUUUACCUAGCCCGUGUGCUGCGUGAGUAAGGACAUACAGUAUACAACAGUGAUGCUCCCUCCCUGGGUCUCUGUCCUCUGAGGUGAAGCCAUUCCGCUCUCAGGAGAGUCCCAUCUAAACAAAUGUAACAGCUUUGGCCUGACCAUGUAUUGCACCUUCAGUCAGCACACCCUGUGACUUAAUCAGCAUUUCCCCCCAGGUCCCUGUUAGGUGAGCAGUGAGGGAAUAUCCUUAAAUGUGUUCCGCGUGCUGCUCUGUUCUGCAUGACGAGCUUGGGAGGCCUCUGGGGCCGGCGGGCUCUCCCUGAGCUGCGGACCGGGCAGUCUGCUGCAGGAGCCCAGCUCAAGCUCGCCAGGCUGCGUCGGAGCCACUAGCACUCAUUCUGCUCACCCCCACCCUGACCCAAAGAAAGGGAACCCGGCCUCGUCAGAUGCUGCCGUUUAUCAUAAAUAAAAGUCAUAAUUUCAUUAGAAA